AUGGAUUUGUCAUUACUGCCUACAGUACCUGUACUACUAGAACGAUCGAGUUUAGAUCAAAGUUGGGGCUUUCGUCUUCAAGGUGGAGCUGAUUUUCGAUUGCCGUUGUCAAUUAAAAAGGUAAUAUCCAAUUCACCAUCACACAAUAAACUUCAUGUUGGCGAUGGCCUUGCUUUUAUUGAGGGACUAGAUACAAAUUUAAUGAAACAUGAAGAUGCAGAAAAUAUUAUUCGAAAUGCAUUACGAUUACAACUUAUUCUUCGACGUGGUCAACUUAGUACAAUUCGACCAACAAAAGCACCUGUUAAAUUUACUCCUGGACCUGCUCCGCGUGCUAAUUCAGCAAUAAAUAACACUACAACACCGAAUAAUUAUCGUCGUUUUUAG